AUGGAAGUUAUCAAUGAAUUGGAAAAUCUAGCAGAGCACCAUCCAGAGGAGAACCAACCAGUGGAAUGGCAUCCUGAUCGCAUCAUAGCUCGUCUCCAACAACCAUAUUCACUAGAUUGCAUUCCAGUGGAGGCAGAGUAUCAGACAUGUAACUGCACCAAUCCAGAUAAUAGGGGUGGUGACUCUAGGCGUACAUGGACUCAACGAGAGGAAGAAGCUUUACUGAUUAUCUUAGAUGAAGCUGUAGCUAGUGGGCAACGUUGUGAUACAGGGUCAUUUAAGCCUGGCACACUUACUAUGAUUGAGAGGCGACUAUCUGAUCUGUGUCCUAAUUCGAGACUACGAGCCAAUCCACAUAUUGAGUCGAAGAUGAGAAAGUGGAAGAAGCAAUAUGGUAUAAUAUAUGACAUGUUGAACAAAAGUGGAUUUGGAUGGAAUGACUCUCUUAAAUGCGUGGAGGUUGACAGUGAAGAAGUUUGGCAAGCAUAUGUGCAGAGUGCCCCAAGUGCAAAAGGUUGGAGAGGAAAAUCUUUUCCUAUUUAUGAGAAGCUUGCUAAUAUUUUUGGGAAGGAUCGGGCAACCGGACAUGGAGCACAAACUCCAAUUGAUAUGAUCAAUGAAAUAAAUCUAGACACUGCAGAUGAACCAAUUGAUAAUGUCGAUUCUCCAAUGUCUGUGAAUCGAGGAGGUAGUGAACCAUCUACACAAGUCCAAGCAAGAGGUAAACGAAAAUCUAGAUCGAAGGACGAUGACAUUGUAGCCGGGUUAGGCAAUGCAGCAGAGAAAUUAUUUGAUAAAUUGGCUGCAAAGUUGGAAAAAUCCGAGGCUUAUUAUCCACAAUAUUUAGCUAUGGAGCUUGACAGGUUAGGAUUUGAGGCCAGUGAUAACCUCAAAAUCUCUAAGGCAAUGAGAUCGGAUCCAUCGAAUAUAGAAGUUUUUAAGGUUAUUAAAACGGAUGCGGGGAAGAUUGCAUAUGCUCGUGACUUUUUGGAUAACUAAUUUAGUAAAGUAGUGGACUACAUAUUUCUGUUUAUGUAUGGGAGGAUGAUAAUUAUGAACAAUUAGGUUUGAAACUUAUGAACUUGUUGUAUGGUGGUGGAUGUUUGUUUCUAAAUUUGCAUGUAAGGAUAAUUUUAUGAUUAUGUGUUAUGUUUUAGAAUAUUCAUAUGCGCGUGAUUGAGUUGAUUUAUUGAUUUUUUAA